AGUUAAAGAGUCACAUUUUCCUUUCAUUAUGGUGGAAACCGAAGUUGUUGAAUAUCAUAGUUAUUGUAAUUUACUGUAAGUUAUCAUUUCUUCGGUUGAAAAUAUAUACCAAAACUUUACUGUACUCUGAGAAUGAUGGAGCAACUUAAUCCGAUUUCGACUGAUGUUUUGCAGCAAUUUAAAACUAAGUUAAAAGAGGCCAUAUAUCUUUUUAACACUAUGCCAGAUUGUUUAAAACAAGAAGCUGUUCAGUUGUGGAAAGUUCUUUCAGUUGCUAUAAAAUUUAGUCCUUCUGAUCAGCCAACUCCCUCUGAUGAGGAUCUGCGAGAAGUUGAGUUGCAGCCAGUAGAAGAAGUAGUGACUUCCUUAACAGAAGCCACAAGUAAUGAAAAUGAUGCAUCCAGCUUGAUGGUGCUGGCUGAUAAAUUACGGGUAACAUACUCUGAUCAGACAUCAAAGUUGUUGACAGAAGGAAAUGGUAUCUCUUCGAAUGAAGAAGAAGAGGUAACAGAAACAAUAUUUUGUUACCCAAAUAUUGACAUUGUCACCUGUGAUGGUACAGGUGAAAAACAGACCAUAAAACUACCUCCUCCUAUUGAUAUGGCACGACUUUGUGCAAAAAAAAAUGUUUCAUGUCCCAAAAAAUUAAAACAACCUUCUGCUAAAAAAAAUGAUGAUGCAAAAUUAGAAUGCGAGAAAGUGGUUGACAUUGAAUCAAAGCUGGAUGGUAAGAAUGAAACUAAAUCAGAUGGCAAAAAUGAAAAUAAUAAUUCAGUGUUGCGGAAGAGCAAGCGAAUUCGUAUACGAAAAGACAAGACAGACUUGUACUUUGAUUUAGAGUUACCUGAUGGUCAUGGCCCUGCUCGAUUGAUUAGCACUGGACAAACUAACCUUGGUGACCCUGUUUGUAUUGAAGCCUUAGAUAUCAUCUCUAAAGAAGUUAAAGCCACAAUACAGCCACAGAUUGAGUAUAAAAAGAAGAAAACCAACUUCCAGUCUUCAAAUGGUGCCUACACUUGUGAAAUAUGUGGUGUUGAGGUUCAAUAUUUAGCUUCUCUUAUUGUUCAUCGUCGCCGACAUAGUGGAGAGAAACCUUUCACUUGUUCUACCUGUGGCCGAGGGUUUACAACCAAUGGCAACAAAUUACGACAUGAGAAAACUCAUUCUGGAGAGAAGCCAUUUGAAUGUCUGGAGUGCAAGAAACGUUUUACAGAGAAAAAAUCAUUGAAAGUUCAUAUGAGAAGUCACACAGGAGAAAGGCCUUACAAGUGUAAGAUCUGUGGUCGUGGAUUUGCCCAAACAGGAAUCCUGCAGACACACAUUUACCUCCACACAGGUCAUAAAGGGCACCUCUGUGAUACAUGUGGUAAAGCCUUCCGUCAGAAAUCUCAGCUGCGUUUACAUCAGAAGCGACAUUUAAACCAUCGAACCUUUCAAUGCCCUGAAACUGACUGUAAUGCAUCAUUUUUUACUAAAGGAGAUCUGCAGCGUCACAAGUUGAAACACUCUGGAGCACGACCAUUUUUGUGUAACCUCUGCCCAAAGACAUUCACUAGACUUCAGUAUCUGAAGGAACACCUUAACCAACAUACAGGACACAAGCCUUAUUCAUGCAAAAUGUGUAACCUCUCUUUCUAUGAUAUGUCCACAUACUACCGCCAUGUGCGACGACACAAACUUGUGCAGGAUGCUGGUAGUUCCUUAGAAUUGCAAGGUGUGGCAUUGCCAACAACUGGAGAUGAUGAUAAUGAUAAUGUAGACAAGCUGGCAGCGGCAGCAGCUGCGUCGGUGUUAGAGGAAGAAGCAGUAACAAACGAGACAGUCACAGUGGAAGACAACACGUCACCUGUCAUGACAUACAUUGUGACAUCAGGAAAUGUUACAGAUGAAGAGUGUAAGGCACUGGAGCAGCAGGCAGUGGUGGCAGCAGCUGCUGCUGCAGAGUCUGGAGUGGAUCACUCCACUUCACCAACUGCCACCCACCACCUUACAACCAUCCCAAGUGAGGACUGUGGACAGCACACUGCAACAGAGGUAUACCAAAUCACUGUUGAUCCAAGCCUAAUCACAAGGGACGAACAAACUGGCCAACAAAUGGUUACCACUGUGGACUUCUCAGCUAUCAAUCUCUUAGCUAAUGCAACUACAGAACAAUACCUAAGUACUUAACUUCAUCUUAGCACUCACUUCAGUUAGUUUUCCAUUGGUAGCUUGUGAGUGAGGAAGUCAGGUUUAAGGAUCAUGUUGGGAAGAAAAGAAUGACUAAAGAAUACAGUUUAUUGAAUAUUAAAAGAAAAGAUUUUAUUUCUCUGUUAUUGAAACAGGGUUAUCUU